AUGACCGAAAUGAUGACAUUCUUAACUUCAUCAAUUAAUGCGCAGAAAGAGAGUGCUAAUGAAAUUAGAAAUGACAUCGCAAUGAUAAGAUGUGAAAUUCAAGACAUUAGAGAUGCUAUGCGAUCAACUGAGCAACGGAUAACAAACCUAGCGACAAAUCAAAGUAGCAUUCAAGACGAAAUACAAAGUCUUAAAAACUUUGCAGAGAAAGCUGGGGAUAAAUUAGUGUCACUGGAAUCUAAUGUAGAAAACUUAAAAAAUCUACCAAGCGAUACAUCUAUAAAACGCUCCUAUGAAGAAAUACUGUCUGAGUUAAACGACCAAAGUAUGAGAAAGAAGAACAUACUUAUUGCUGGUAUUCCCGAACCUCAGUCAACGGACGCCAAGGAACGUAUUGAUAUAGACAAAAGUAAAGUAGUUGAUGCUAUCAAAAACUUACUCAAAGACUGCCCUGAACCAAAAAAAAUGUAUGCAUUGGAAGAUACAAACCAGGAACGAAUCGUCCAAUAA